AUGCCUCGGAAGGUGGUGCUGGCGGUGGACCCCUCGCCGGUCAGCCUGGACGCCCUGAAGUGGGCCACCAAGUCGCUGUGCAACAAGGAUGACGAGCUGCACCUCAUCUCCGUGCUCGAGAGCGGGCUGCCCAACGAUGUGGUGGGGGAGAGCGCCGCGGACACCAGCCCCGACUGCAAGCCCGACCCGGCGGCGCUGCUGCGGACGCAGGACCUGCUGAAGCGGUGCAAGGGGGAGGCGCAGGGGGCGGGCAUCGCCAACGUCAAGAUGACUACACUGGUGUCGUGUGUGGGGGGCUCAGCAGACAUGGGGCGCCACAUCACCGAGUUUGCGGAGGGGGAGAAUGCAGACAUGCUGGUGCUGGGGUCGCGCGGCAUGGGCGGCGUGCGGCGGGUCUUGGGCGGCUUAAUGGGUCUGGGUUCCGUCAGCGAUUACGUCACCAAGCAUUCCUCUACAAACGUGGUGAUUCACAAGAUGGCGGCGCCGCCCAAGUGA